AUGCAUAUGAGUGUCUCUCAUCUCAACAUCAAUUCUAAACAAAAAGAAAUGUCAAAUUUGUUUUCACACUCGAUUAAGCGUAAUAUUUUUGGGAGCAUGGAUCUACGUUUUGUAGGGUUUCUCUUAUUAUUCGUUGUCGUAGAAGCAACCACAACGAACGAUGGUCCUACAAACAUAACAGUUCCAGCGCUAAUAGUAUUCGGAGACUCAAUUAUGGAUACAGGAAAUAAUAAUGACAUCCCCACUCUUCUUAAGGCCAAUUUUCUUCCAUAUGGCCGAGAUUUUCCUGAUAGUAUUCCUACCGGUAGAUUCUCAGAUGGGAGAGUUCCAUCGGACAUCAUUGCGGAGAAACUGGGGAUAGCAAAGACACUACCACCUUAUUUAGGCUCGAAUUUAAAGCCAGAUGAUCUUUUGAAAGGUGUAAUAUUCGCUUCUGGAGGUUCUGGUUAUGAUCCAUUGACAUCUACACUAUUGUCUGUAGUAUCAAUGUCAGAUCAACUCAAGUAUUUUCAAGAAUAUUUAUCAAAAAUCAAACAAAACUUUGGAGAGGAAAAAGUUAAGUUUAUAUUGGAGAAAAGUUUGUUUCUAGUGGUCUCUAGCAGUAACGAUCUCGCCGAAACUUAUUUGACUCGGUCCAUCGAAUAUAGUCGUAACGCAUAUGCUGAACACUUGGCUGAGUUGGCUUCAAAUUUUAUCAAGGAAUUAUCUGGACUUGGAGCUAAAACUAUCGGAGUGUUUAGCGGAGUGCCAGUAGGAUGCGUACCCGCGCAAAGAACACUCUUCGGAGGUUUUGGAAGAAAAUGUUAUGAAGCUUUGAACAAUAUGUCACUUCAUUUCAACUCAAAGUUAUCGUCUAAUUUGGAUGCUCUGAGAAAAGAUUUGCCCGGUAAACUUGUAUUUAUCGAUGUUUACGAAACUCUUCUCGACAUCAUACAAAACCCUACCAAUUACGGAUUUGAAGUAGCAGAUAAAGGAUGUUGUGGUACAGGAAGAAUUGAGUUAGUUGAAUUGUGCAACAAAUUUACUCCUUUUACAUGUUCGGAUCCAUCGACUCAUGUGUUCUUUGACGCUUAUCAUCCAAGUGAAAAGGCGUAUAAAAUUAUCACUGAUAAGUUGGCAGAUAAAUACUUUAAGUACCUCAACAAUUGAAUAUGUAAUUGUAGUAAUAAGGACACAUUUCACUAUAAAGUAUGUUUGAUUUGGUUUUUGAUUUCAAUGGUUUUGUUUAGCUUGUCCGACUA